AUGAAGUCAUUUUCUACUAUCUAUAGAACAUUCUUUAAAAGAAAUUCAGUAUUCGUUGGUACUAUCUUUGCCGGUGCAUUUGUUUUCCAAGUAUUAUUUGAUAGUUCUGUAACAUCCUGGUAUGAGAAUCAUAAUAAGGGUAAACUAUGGAAAGAUGUGAAGGCUCAAAUAGCGGCUGCUGGUGAAGAAGAUGAAGACUAA